AUGUCCACCCCAUACAAGCCCAAAGAGCCCAUCGUUCGCGACCUCAGCGAUUACAUCUAUCGCACCGAGGAGCGAACCAAGGCGUUCAACGACGCAGUCGCCUCUGCCAUCGCCCCCGAAAAUGGCGGAGCAGACGAGAUGAAAGAGCAAGGCAUCGCAAACCUCGACAACUACAUCCAAUGGGUCGACGAGCUGCUCCGAUGGGUUCCCCGAGUCAACACUACUGGCGACGAGCUUCUCACCAGAAUCCUCGUCUUCUACUGGGUCUUCGACCAGCCGUCACUCCGCGGUCUCCAGACCGAAAUCCAGCCACAGAACUCUAACACCGAUUUGUCCUGGCUGUCGUACUGGCUCGUGACGUUCGCGCGGGAGCAGGGCAGCUUCAUGAACUCGCCGCAGUCUGCAGCCGCCGUGUACUCAUUCUACAUCAAUGACAAGUACAAGCCGGAGGCGCCGGAAUGGGCCGAGCCCAAGACGGGCUGGCUGUCGUUCAACCACUGGUUUGCGCGCGAGUGGAAGGACAUCGACGUGGCUCGUCCGCUGGACGGCAAAGACGACGACAACAUCAUCGUCAGCGUGGCGGACUCCAUGUACGAUGGGUCCUGGCCGGUCGAUAACGGCGACGUGGUAAUCACCAUCGACGCCAAGUCCGUGCAGUGGCCCAUCAACAAGCUGCUGCAGACCACCGGGACGACCUUCACCGGAGGGAACUUCAUGCACGCCUUCCUCGGACCGACUGAUUACCACCGCCAGCAUGCGCCCGUCACCGGGGAGGUCAUUGAGGUCCGCAACAUCCAGGACCAGGUGUAUCUGCAGGUGGCGAAGAAGAAGGGCGGUGGAUUGCGCGGCGACCGUGGAUUGACUCGUGAUCUGGCGGAGCUGCAAAAGCGCGAGGCAAAGCCAGGAAAGCAGUUCUUUGCGCUGGACGCUCCUGAUGACGCGGGCUAUCAGUGGUGCCAGACCCGCGGGUUGAUCAUCAUUCAGACGAAAAAGUACGGAAAGGUGGCGGUUCUGCCGAUUGGUAUGGCACAGGUUUCGUCUGUGGUGUUCACCGUUCAAAAAGGCGACCACGUUGAAAAGGGUCAGAAUAUCUCGUACUUCCAGUUUGGAGGCUCGGAUGUGGUGGUGGUGUUUGAGAACAGAGUCAAAUUCGACGGUGAUCUCAGACCGGGUGAGACCAAGCUGAAUGUGAGGAAGCAGUUUGCCACGUUCACUUGA